AUGAUCACACAGGUCGGCAAAAGAAUGUGGAACAAAUCAAGCAAGGACCGUAAGGCUGUCAUGAACAACAUGAGGCGACUAGCAAACUUGGUGGUCGCCUUCCAAGAUGCCCACCAUCCACCCAAUAAGAGUCUUGGUGGUGACGAUUUGCUUGACCGCCAAAGAUUUACAGAACUGGAAGAGGCCUUGCAAGUCAUGGCAGAGAAAGAAGGCGGCGGCAUAAAGGCAGGCUUGAAGCUAGGUCUCGGCUUCCUGCUAAAAAAAUCUGCAAGGGUAAUGAGGGCACUGUACAUCGUUAACAACGAACUUCAGAAGUCAAAGGAGGUUGACAGAUUCCUCAAGGCCAUAGAUCUAAGCUGGGAGUACGUAUUUGGCCUAACCCAGUACGAAGUUGAAAACAAGCGGCAGGCUGUCCUCAGGAAGCCACAGUCGAUGCCCUUAGAGGAGAACAUAGCAAGUUCGAAGGCUUUCACCAUAAGCGCCAUGGAAAACAUGAUUGAGGAUCCAUAUUUGAAGUGGGAUAGCCACGAGUUCAAAAAGAUGCGUGCCCUCAUUGUCAGCAGGCUGACACUUUUUAAUGCAAGACGGGGUGGCGAACCAUCAAGACUCACCUUGCAAGAAUGGGAGGAUGCGAAGCGGCAGUCCUGGGUGGAUCUGCAACUGCUGCAAACAGUGGAUGACCCGCUGGAGAAAUCCCUCCUGAAGUCAUUCAGGUUGACUUACCAACGAGGACCCAUUGGAAAUCAGCUGACAACAUCCCGAAGCAGCUCAUAUUCCUCAGCCAUGUCAGCUGCGGACAGAACAAGACCAGGUGAAGUUUACUUUAAUCAAAUAUGUUUGUGCCGGGUUUGACAAUGAUGGGAUCUGCAACUGUGUCAAUAAUUGUUUUUUUCAUAAAAUUUGAUCAUUUUGGAUAAACACACAUGUAGGCUUUGAAAUUUAAAUAUACAUAAAGCCUGUAUAAAGGCUUUUUACUAUUAUUAUUAUUUAUUCCUGCCAAAAAUUCAAUAUACAUCACAAGCAAGAUGGGCAUAGGGGAGACAAAAGUAAUACGGAAUCACUGUGGUCACAGACCUGUCUCCCCACAUCAAGAUGUGGGAAAUUAACAAAUUAAUAAAAUAAGUAUAUACAUGUACAUGUAAAAACACUGAACAUGAAGACAUUAAGAAUAAAAUUUAGAAAACACACAUUUAAAAAUACUUUAUGGCACCUUGUAUAAAUUAAACAAUAAAUAAAUAAAUACAUCCAACAAUAAAGCGUUACUUCUUCUGUAAUUAAAUAUUUAAAAAGCAGAAUAAUAAUAAAAAAAUUAUCCAGGAUAUACACAUACAAUAAAUGACAUUAUGAGAUUGCAUAUGGGAACAAAAACAAAAUAAUGAAUAGAGGAUUGCACUAACAGAACAAGGGUAGCCAAACAUGAGGCAAAAAGAUAUAAAAUGGAGAUAAAAGAAGAACUUCCACACUACAUGAAUUGAAUAGCAGUAGGCCUAAAUGUAAAAACAAAACAAAAUAAAACAAAUAAACAAGAACAAAAAACAAGCCUAAGAAUCAGGGUAAAGGACAGUAUUUUUCAAUACUACCAGGAAUUGU